AGUUCAAAAUUUUGGUUAACUUUUCAAUACAAUUUUAGAGGUAUAGAAGAAUGUAAUUUUUUUAUUACGCAGGAUGAAACGUAAACUAUCAUUAUUCAAAGAACAAGAUUACAACAAGAUACAACACGAUUGCUUGAAGAAGGGAGAGCUUUUUCAAGAUGACUUGUUCGAGCUGGACGUCCCAGGCGCUACAUGGCUUAGGCCCAAAGAUAUUGUCAAAGACCCUCAAUUCUUUGUUGGUGGAGCUUCAAGAUUUGACGUUGUGCAGGGAAAAAACGCGGGGUGUUGGUUGAUUGUGGCUAUGGCUAAUCUCACGAUGAACCCUGUCCUGUUUCAUCACGUAGUGCCAAAAGAACAGAGCUUUACGGACAAUUACGCUGGCAUCUUCAGAUUCAACAUUUGGCAAUGUGGACAAUGGGAGGAGAUCGUGGUUGAUGACAGACUUCCGACAAAAGAUGGCCCCGAGGGAUCAAAACAAUUGAUAUUUGUGCGGUCAAAACGAAAGAAUGAGUUUUGGAGUCCUCUGCUGGAAAAAGCGUAUGCAAAACUAUACGGAUCAUACAACGAGCUGACCUCUGGUUGGUUUAACGAAGCUAUGGUAGACUUUACUGGAGGAAUUGUUGAACGAGUUACAUUGAAACCGGCUUCGAACAACUUAAAGUCGAUCAUUAUCAAGUCACUUGAGAAGAGUUCUUUCAUGUGUGUUUUUAUGUCUGACGAUCCGUCGAUAAAGGAAAUGGUAACAAAGCAGGGUUUGGUAAAAGGACAUGCGUACAGUAUCAAUAAAACUCAAACUGUGUCAAUAAGUGGGGGUAAAAGUGAAUGUCUUAUCCGUCUAAGAAAUCCUUGGGGAAAACUCGAAUGGAAAGGAGCUUGGAGCGAUUCCAGUGCUGCAUGGCAGUUGAUCUCGCAAGAAGAGAAAACGAAAAUGGGCUUAGCAACUGAAAACGACGGUGAGUUUUGGAUGAGCUUAUUGGACUUUUCCCAAAACUUCGAAUACAUUGAUAUUUGCCACUUGGGUCCUGAAAUGUUCUCAAUCUCCAGCGGUAAAACAUGGGAAUCGCACUUCUUCAAAGGACAAUGGACUAAAGGGAUUUCUGCCGGUGGGUUUUCUUUGGAAAAGUUUCAUUUGAACCCACAGUACAGAAUUACUUUGAAUGAAACAGAUGAUAAUACAAAGUUGUGUACUGUAAUAAUUGGUUUGCUACAGAAACAUAAAACGAGAAAAAUUUGGCACAAGAUUGGGUUCACUGCAUUUCGUCUAGAAGAGCCUGAAAAAUCUACUAAAACACCAUUAAGUGUGGAAUACAUCGGAAACAAUUUUGAAAAUUCGUCUUCAUCCAAAUUUAGAAGACACAGAGAAAAUGUGGUUCGCGAUUCUUGGGAACCAGGUGUCUACUGCAUUGUUCCUUCUACAUUCAAAGCAGACGAAGAAGGGCAGUUCUUGUUGAGAGUGUAUUCUGAGAAAAAGUCAUCGAUGGAAGAACACGAGCUGAACGAAGAUGUGAAACAGCCUGUUCAAGUGAAGGAAAUUGCCCAAACCAAACAUGACAAUGAAGAAGAUUCUACAAUAGAAGGGCCAAAAGCAAUAAAGCUACUCCAGAAAAAUGAGCAAGAAAUAGCUGAGUAUUUCAUAAAGGUUGCAGGAAUUAAAAGAGAAAUCAACUGGGAAGGUCUGCAGUCUGUAUUAGAAUAUGCAUUGACCGGCUCAAAAAUAUCAAAUACUGAUGAUGACCACGCAGGGUUUUUUACGAGCAUUCUGUCAUACACAUAUAGUUUAUUUUCUACACCUUCAGAAAGCAAGAUCUUCACAAAGCAUGAGUGUCGCAGUAUGAUUUCACUGCUGGAUGAUGAUGUUUCAGGUAAAUUAAGCCUUAGAGAAUUUAAGGUACUUUGGAGAAAAUUACAGAAUUGGGAAUCAAUCUAUAUAAAACACUGUGGUGAUGAAAAUAAUCUUUUAGAGGGGCGUCUACUAAGAAAAGCUUUAAAGAGUACAGGGUAUGAUGUAAAAAAUAACGAUAUUAGUCGACUCGUGUUGAAGUAUUGUGACCAAAAUGGUAAUCUUGCAUUUGACGAUUUUGUUAUGUGUGCUAUUGAAGUUCUAAACAAGACAGUUUAGUAGCUAAAUGUUAACCAUACAGCUAGUUAACAAUAAUAUAAAUAUCAGUGUCGAUGUAUUUUUUUUUGUUCAGUACUUUCAUUAUCUGUUUAAAACCCCCAAUAUGAAUACAACCAUAUA